AUAAAAAGAAAAGACUCCGCGAGGAGCGGGUGACUCAGAACCCAAGCUGCUGACACGGACCCCAUAGAGCAGCCAACCCAGGGCAUGUUCCGAGACUUCGGGGAACCCGGACCGAGCUCCGGGGCCGGCGGUGCGUACGGCGGCCCGGCGCAGCCCCCGGCGAUAGGCCAGCAGAAGUUCCACCUUGUGCCAAGCAUCAAUGCUGUGAGUGGAAGCCAAGAACUGCAGUGGAUGGUUCAGCCUCACUUCCUGGGACCCAGCAGCUACCCCAGGCCUCUGGCCUAUCCCCAGUACAGCUACCCACAGACUCGGCCAGGAGUCAUCCGGGCUGUAGGACCACCUCCAGGGGUACGUCGCCGGCCCUGUGAACAGUUCAGCCCGGAGGAGGAGGAGCGCCGUCGGGUGAGGCGGGAGCGGAACAAGCUGGCCGCGGCCAAGUGCAGGAACCGGAGGAAGGAACUGACCGACUUCCUGCAGGCGGAGACGGACAAGCUGGAGGACGAGAAAUCAGGGUUGCAGCGAGAGAUUGAGGAGCUGCAGAAGCAGAAAGAGCGGCUAGAGCUGGUACUCGAAGCCCACCGCCCCAUCUGCAAAAUCCCGGAAGGAGCCAAGGAGAACGACACUGGAGGCACAGGCGGUACCAGCAGCCCACCAGCACCCUCCCGCCCUGUGCCUUGUAUCUCCCUUUCCCCGGGGUCUGUGCUUGAACCCGAAGCAUUGCACACCCCCACGCUUAUGACCACACCCUCUCUGACUCCUUUCACACCUAGUCUGGUCUUCACUUACCCCAGUACUCCUGAGCCCUGUGCCUCAGCACAUCGAAGGAGCAGCAGCAGCAGUGGGGACCCCUCCUCUGACCCCCUUGGCUCCCCCACCCUCCUGGCCUUAUGAGGCACUCUGGCCCUCCUUCCUGCCAGUGCCACCCUAACCAAUAUCUCCUCAUCCAUUGGUCCAGCUGGCCUGGGCUAUAUCCCAUACUCAACCCCAGC